GGCAUGCACGCACAUGCACGCAGCCAAAGGAAUUUCCUGUCAAGAAACGAAGACUGGUAGAAACAACCAACCUGGUGAAGGGUAGCUCACUUCUAACUCAUCACAACGCUGUUACCACAAACAUAUACUAUUUUUUCAUAUACACAGCGCAAGAGAAUGAAGGGAGGAGGCUAGGAUGGCCUAUAUGUCCUCUCUUUUUCAUUUUCAUUUUGUGGGAACAAUUCAUAUUAUUAUCAUGAAUGGAGGAAUAACCAUGCAAGAUUUAGUUAUCAUUGGAGGCUUGAUUGCCUUGCAAUCUGUUUACGCUGGGAAUGCUGUGUUUCUCAGUUAUCUUAUGUCUUUGGGCCUUGAAUCUCUUACCAUUGUCAUUUUUACUUCCUUUGCUACCUUCCUUCUCCUCCUCCCCCUUGCCUUCUAUUUUGAAAGGUGUAAAUGGCCCACCAAAGUUACUUUCAAGUUGUUUUUACAGUUUCUCUUGCUUUCCUUUGGAGGGGUAACAUUGUUCCAGUCUCUACUCCUUAAAGGAAUCAGUCUAACCUCACCAGCAAUGGGAACUGCCAUGCCAAACCUUGCACCAGCUCUUAUCUUCAUCAUCGCAUGGAUUUUUCGGUUGGAAAAAGUGAAAUUAAGCUGCACAUAUAGUAGAGUGAAAAUCGUUGGCACAUUGCUUUGUGUCUUAGGGGCUCUCACAAUGAGCAUAAUGCAAAGCAUCUCUAAACCUCCGUCCGCUAAAGAGGGAACAAUUCAAGUGUCAUCUCCAUCACCCAAUGUAACGUUUGACAAAGACAAGUUAAUCGGUUGUCUCUAUCUUUUGGCUGCAAUCCUCAUAUUGUCAAGCAACAUUGUCUUACAGGCCUUUACUCUAGCAGAUUUUCCUGCACCCAUGUCCUUGUGUGCAUUAACUUCCUUUUUAGGAACGUUCAUGACUGCCGCAGUUCAAGUAGUUGAAGAUCACGAAUUCAAAACUGGAUGGCCAUUUGUUAGUGUUAGAGACAUGAUUGGCUAUUCUCUUCUGGCAGGUACAGUGAGUGGAAUAUGCUUGAGCUUCAAUUGUUGGGCUCUUGAGAAGAGAGGCCCAGUGCUGGUUUCCAUGUUCAGCCCCAUUGCCACAGUCUGCUCUGUCAUUUUCUCGGUUGUUACUUUAGGACAGACCAUUAGUAUUGGAAGCUUUGCGGGUAUGCUACUCAUGUUUGUUGGGCUCUACUUUGUGCUUUGGGCCAAAGGUAAAGAAGACCAUGCAUAUGGAGGUGGUUUAGAGAAUGAGUGUGAUGCAGAGAAGCCUCUCUUAAGUUGACGUGGUUUUUACUUUCAAAUGUCAGAGUGUAGGAUGUACUUAUUUUGUAGAUAGAAACAGUGUAAAUAGAAUCCAUCUUAAUUUAAUUAAGAAAGGCUUUGGGAUAA